AUGUCACGUAAUCGACACGCUGAUGAUAUUUUGAAUAUAAACGUUGGCGGAAAACGCUAUACAGUUCGACGAACCGAUUUACUCGCAGAUCCAAGAAGUAAACUUGCUGAAUGGUUCAAACCUGGAACACUCAAACCAAUUGCGACCGAUAAAGGAGGAAACUAUUACAUGGACAGAGACCCAAAAACUUUUCGCCAUAUUUUAGAAUACCUUCGAUUAAAAAAGGAAAAAUUCGUGCCAUCACUUGCAUUACCAUCGAAACCUGACGAUUUAGCUCGACUUGUUGGUGAAUGCGAAGCAUUAAAUUUAAUGGAAUUAAAAAAUAUGGCAAUCGAUGUGCUGCAAAAAUAUCAGCGAACUGAAGAGCAGCAUUAUGUCACUUCCUAUGUACAAAUCGCUCUCCGAGAUAUUGAAGCAUGGCAGUUUGAACGCGAACAGGAUGUAAUGAUAAGGAAGAAAGGAGGAACGAGUCAAGAAGAAAUGAAUGCGUCGUCCGCUUAUGACGAUUGGGAUAAUAUGUGA